UAAACAUAAUUUAGUAUAUUAUACAAAAUUCUGAUUUAACGAAUUAAGAAACGCUUUUUAAAGAUAUGUAUUGUAAUAUAUAAGUGAGUAGUAUUAUUACAAUUAACAGAUUAAAGAAUGUUUUAAUCAAUUUGAGACACUGCGGGGCACGAUAGUCGCCAUUUUUGUUCGGGGCAAAAUGCCUAAAAGUUGUUCUGCAUUUAAUUGCACCAGUAGGUACAAAAGCAAAAAUCCUGAGAUAACUUUUCACAGAUUUCCUUUUAGUAAACCAUCAGUUCUUAAACAAUGGUUAGAAAAUAUCGGGCGUGACAACUUUCAUCCAAAGAAACACAUGGUCGUCUGUUCCCUACAUUUCACCCCAGAAUGUUUUAGUGGUUUCGGAAACCGCAAAAAUCUGUUGUGGAACGCUGUACCAACUCUCUUCAGAAAUAUCCUACCUCGGGAUGCAAAGGUAAGACAGCAGACGAUUCAUAAGAGACUAAAAACAGGUUUUCAUUCUGCUGAUAACUUGGAUGGCAUUGGACGCGAGAGAAAGUGCUCUUUCGUUGAGGACACUCAGCGAUUGGAGAUGCACAAGGAUGCUCAACCAGUCUCUUACAUUAAUGAAGAGUCUUGCUGUCAAACUACAAAGGAUUUAUCAGCCACAGACCACACCUAUACCAUUUUGGAUCCAUGCAGAACCAAAGCCCGUCUCUUUGAUGUUUUAGAUACCAACAUGUGGCUACAGAGAAGAUUACAGGCCAAAUGCAAAGUGAUUAAAAGAAUGAAGCUUAAAUUACAAAGAGCUCAUAGAGAGCUUCUGACUUUACGCCGUAAAGUGAAGGGCAAAUGUAGCCACACGCAUCUCCAAAGAUACAGUUCUCAAUGUAGUAUGGCCUUAAGACCCAGCAGCAGUAAACAUCUUUUAGGCGUAGAACUGCUUUAACGUUUGGGGACCGUGUUGAUUUUGUUUUCCUCA